UUAUAAAUUGAGAAUGACCUCUGCAUCAAUCAGGAUGAAGAACAACUUGUGGUGAAGAAGCAGGAGAUGAAAACCUUUCCUGCAUCUCCUACCAGUGUAGAAAUAAGCUGCAGUGAACCCGAACCAAACAGGGAGCAACUCGUCUCUCAGGACAGCUGUGAUGCUGAGGACCGAAAUCAGGAAGAAAGCAAUGAUGAAGACACAGAAAUAAGCAGCGAUGAAGAACCGAAACAAAAUAACAGAUGUCAGAAAACCAGAGGGUAUGAUAACAAUUCUGACAAAUUAAAACAAAAAGAGCAGAAGAAAACGCACAAAGAUAAAAAUCUGUAUUCAUGUACGAUGUGUGAUAAAUUGUUUUCUCAAAAGACUCACUUGAUCUACCACAUGAGAACGCACACAGGUGAGAAGCCUUUCUCAUGCAAGUUUUGUGGAAAAUGUUUCAGUCGAGAAAGUAUUGUGAACAAUCACCUGAGAAUCCACACAGGCGAAAAGCCCUUCUCAUGUCUGACCUGUGGAAAAAGUUUCACUCUCAAACAUAAGUUGACGGAUCACAUGAGAAUUCACACAGGUGAGAAACCGUUUCCGUGCAACGCUUGUGAUAAAUCUUUUAAUCUAAAAAGCAAUCUGAAGCAGCACCUGAGAAUCCACACGGGCGAGAAGCCUUUCUCAUGUGUGACCUGCGGUAAAAGUUUCAGUCAAAGAAGUCAAGUAACGCUUCACAUGAGAAGUCACACGGGUGACCGACCUUUUUCAUGCGUGACCUGUGGGAAAAGUUACAGCCACAAAGGUCACCUAACUGAUCACAUGAGAACUCACACAGGUGAGAAGCCAUUUUCAUGUCUGACAUGUGGAAAAAGUUACAGUCAGAAAGGCCAUUUGACAGUUCACAUGCGAAUUCACACAGGUGAGAGGCCGUUUCCAUGUAGCACCUGUGGAAAAACCUUCAGUCGAAGAAGUCGUUUAAAAAAACACCUGAGAAUUCACACAAGAUAGACGUCCUGUGUGACCUGUGGGAAGUGUCUCAGUUUAAGGAGCAAGAAGCAUUUUAUACAGCUGUGAACUUUAAAUCAUCCCCUCACAUAUUUUUUCUGAUUUUACUUCUUGGUUACUGAAAUGUAAAAAUCCGUAGCAUCCGUGUCUGAACAAUGUUUACAUCUCUAAUGAAUGAACGGGUCUUCAGAACAAUCUUGUGUUGAACACACAGUAAGAGCUAUAAGGAAAGAAUAAAACUACUGUUUGCUCUUACACACACACAGAGGUUCACUUUAGAGUGACAUUAGGUCAUACUAAGCAAAUUCAAGCAUAUCUAAAUAAACACCAGCUUCUUCAUGUAAAAACUGUCUCUCCUGCUAAAGUUCAACAUGAAUGGAACGGCAACUACGGAUUUAAAAAACUGUGGGAGUUAAGAGUUGUAUGAAUGGAAGACGGAAAGAAGAGGUAGUCUUAUCUCGACUUAGAAUUGGUCAAACUGGACUUAAUAGUUCUCUUUUCAGAAUAGGGAAACAUGAAAUAGGGACUUGUAAUUAUUGUAAUCAGAUGGAAACAGUGGAACAUGUUUUAUUAGAAUGUAAUAAGUAUUCAGAGGAACGUCAGCACUUA